AUGCUCGAAUUAAUCGGUCAAUAUGGCUCAACGACUGGAAUUAAUGACGAAAUCGCCCUCAAGCUUACAGAGGAACAGAAACGACGGAUGGUUAUUGGCACCAAAUGUCUGCUUGCAGGCUGGUGUCUAUAUGUCACGCUGAUCUGGUGCCUCAAGGCGUGCAUGCUAUUCCUCUUUAACAGGCUCACCCUGAACCUUCGCCAGCAACGUGCAGUUACAAUAACUGCCGUUACCUGCGUUUUGGCCUACAUCGCGACAAUUAUUGUCAUUCUAACCCGAUGUUAUCCAAUUCAGAAGGUCUGGCAGACUUAUCCAUAUCCUGGUGAUGCUUGUGCACUAAACAUCCCCAAUUACCUGGCCUUGGUUACGACCAAUGUGACGACUGAUAUCAUGAUUAUUUACAUUCCCCUUCCAUUACUGUGGAAAGUAAAGCUUCCAUUACGACGAAAACUUCUGUUCGGGGCGUGGCUUUGCUCUGGGGUUUUUAUCGUCAUAGCUACUCUCCUGCGCUGCAUUAUUUGCCUACAGGACGUCGCGUCAAUCAACCUUGGAACUAUCUGGUCAAUUCGAGAAACUUUUGUCGCCAUAAUUGCAGUCAAUGUCCCCGUCCUAAAACCUCUAUUCACCAAAACCGUCCGCCUGGCGACGACAUCAACGGGCCGAAGCGCCAAGACCACAACCACCGGUACUCACGAACUCACCCGGAUUCAGAGGAAAGAAAAGCAGAACCGGAUCCGGAUUGAGAUGGGCCUGACAACAAUGGACGAUAAUAGCGAAGAGCGGAUCGUGCAGAGCUUUGAUCCGAAUUCAAAGAACAAUGACUAUGUGAUCUCGGCGGGCAGCAUUGAGACCCUCGACAGGGACGACAGAGAGCCGGCUGAGAUUCACGUUACGACGACAUAUAACGUUUCCCAAAACUACGCAUAA